AUGAAAAACGUUAUUCGAAAAUUCGAAUUUGAUGAAGUUGACGAAUUGGAACGUAUCUUAUAUGGAUAUUUCAAUGGGUUCAAAAACGUCAUUAUCAAUGAAUAUUUUCGUGAUAAUGACAGUCAAUUACCGUCAGUUAACAGUACUCAAGCAUCUUGUAGUGAAGAUAUGCAACUGUUAAAACAACAGUCGUUGCCACUCGAAUGCUCCUCUGGUCCACAUGAUCUUCCAUAUCCACAGAUAACGCUUCAAUCCAUACCUUGCCGUCAUCACCACCAUCAAAUACAUAUGGAUAAUUUACUACAUCCAGAAUGUUCUUCUGAUGCACGUGGUAUGAUGUCUACAUAUGUAUCACCAACACAAUUAAUGCCAUGUACUUAUUCGUCACAUAAGUAUCAUGCACGGAAUUCGAAUUUGCCUUCAAUUGUGAAAUGUGGUUCAUGUUGGAAAGAAGCUCAAGACAAUGACGAGAUGAUACGUUGUCAAUCGGGCUGUGGGCUUUUCUAUCAUCGAACAUGCAUUGGAUUAACAAAACAAGUCUUUCAAAUGCUCAAACAAGAGAUUUAUGCCGAGUGGAUAUGCGAUAAAUGCUUUGCACAGCAACGUGUAUUACCCACUAAAUUCAUGUCAUAA